ACUCACAUAUUUUCUAGGUCCCUGAGUUUAAGAAUACACCUUUACAAACAUGCGUUUCUACGGCUCUCCAUCGUUUUACAAUUUUGGGAGAAAGAAGACCUUAUUCUUUUAAAUGGUGAAGUUAUGAGCAAUGUAAUUUUUCCAAGAGCCUUGAGAAACAUAAUGUCUGGUUGUCAACAUGUAACAAUAAAAGCUGUCCAUCGUGACAAACUGACGUCACUGUUCAAUAUGGAGAUGACAAAAGAACAAAUAAAUAGAUGUCCCAUCAAAACAUUUAAUAAAGAAAUACGUGUCAUUUCAUCAAUACAUGAUGAACACAAAAAAGAGAAUAAAUUAGCUAUAAAACAAAUGCAGACAUCUAAAAUACUUGGCUUUGACACAGAAACAGCAGUUGUGUUCAAUACAAACAUAAAUCUACCAAUAUCUCUGAUUCAACUUUCCAAUGAAGAUACAGUUGUUUUAUGGAGACUUAGAAGUGAACGGAAAUUUUUGCAGCCAAGUUUUCCAAAAACCUUAAAGGAUAUCCUUCAAAGCAGGGACAUUAUAAAGGUUGGCACAGGAAAUGAUGGAGAUAUAGCUGAUUUGUAUAACCAGUAUCAAAUAAAAUGUGCCUGUAUUUUUGAUACCCAGAAAAUUGCGAAAGAUCUUGGUUUCGUAAAGCUUGGUUUAGCAUCGUUAACAGCGCAACUUUUUGGAUGGAGAGUAUCGAAAGAUAGACGUUUAUCUAACUGGGAAGCGCGAAAUUUAGAUCGAAGUCAAGUGGUGUAUGGUGCCACUGACGCUUGGUCUUCUCUUCUUGUUUAUAAAAAGUUGACAAGUAUUAUGGACGAGCUUGGUUUAGUACCAAACGAGUUGCCAUCAGUAUUUGAUCUAAUGUUACAUCGAGAGUCGAGGAUUGAUCACAGUAUAUUUUGUGCGAUCGACAAGAAAAUAUGCGAGGCUACACGUGUUAAGAAGAUAAAAUUUCAGAAAAGAAGAAAAAGAAAACUACGACUAACUGUGGACGAACUCGAUCUUUCUGCAUACGUGAACUCACACACGCAAGAACUGUGUGCAAUUGGCACAAAGAAAGAGAAAAGUACAAAAACUUUGUCGUGUAACGUUAACACGGAUCAGAAGCAUGUUCGAUAUGUUAAUCCUGUUGGCUCGCACAAAAACGAAACGAUGGCAAAAGAAAAUAAACUAAAUUACGAUUUACCUUUUGUGUAAUUUAACUGUUUUUAAAGUUUGCUGUGCAACUUGGUUUAAUUUUUAUUAAGGUUUGCUGUGCAACUUGGUUAACUUAUUUUAUUUGUCAGACUUUUUCGCGGGGAAAUUAAUUUUUAACACGGAUUGUGGAACUGGUCGGUGUUGUGUCAAUAUUUGAGAAACAAAGUUGAUUUUUUUUAAAAAAUUUAUUUUAAAAACCUAAUAUUUUUUGAAGGUGCUUCACCUCAUCCGUAAAAGACGAAAUUUUAUUCUAUCUGUAUAAAAAUUAAAUUCUUUGAUACAGGGAUGAUUUUUAGGUAAAAGUUGAUUUCUAUUAAAGCGUACUUGGUCGCAGCUCCGGUUUAGUAUCUGGGCAUGCUUAUUACAUUUUCUUUCUGGUAAUGACACUUGUAUUUUGACACGUGCAACUUUUUUCACAAACAAUCAAAAUUUAAAAAACGCUGCCAUCGUUAAUUUAAUGGAAAUCUAACAUAUUGAGUGCCGACAUUUAAAUGUUGGGAGGUGUGAGUUUUUGAAUAAAAAAGAAGCCUUCAGACACUUGUUUUUGAAAGUUUAAAGUAUAGUCUUGCGGAGUAAGAAAAGUUAAAAGUGUGUCUUUAGCAUGGCUACAUAGCAUUCUGGAAUUAUUUGUUUCAAAUUUUGGUCCACAUUUUGGAUGGUUUAGUUGCUACUUAUUGUAUAGACGCACAUAUUUUUUUUCUUAGGAUGUUAAACGCCCUAUCUUAUAACCACUGCUCUACCAAAACUUUUAAAAAUGUUU